CGUCAGCCGGCGUCACUGCGUGAUUCCCUACACACUGGCGUGAACCGCACCGGCUUGCUCUCAGACACAAUGAAGCGAACUGAGUGUAACACGCGCGCUGGGGCUACACAUGGAUGGGUCCGCGUGUAUCUUUAACUUAUUUUGCUCAGUUUUCUUUCAGUUCGUAUUUUGAAAGUCGUCACGUUCUGUCGUCGAAAGUGCCGAAUACAAAGCUGCGUAAUUCGGUAGAUAUAACUGGACACCACAAGCCUGAUCGGAGACCACGGAAGAAUUUCCACCCAUCCCGUGGCGCCACAAGCAAGUGUACAGAAAAAAGCAUGUCAAUGACUGCGUAUUCGGACUACUUCGCCGCUCAGUGCCUGGUGUCUAUAUCCAGUGGGCCGGUCCUGCAUCGCCCUACCCCGGUUACCUCUGCUGCCCUGGGCCCCCCUCAGGCUCGUCCUUCAGGGGAUCCAGAGGGGUCGAAUGAGGACAGGGAAGUACGGGACAUGCUGAAAGGUGGAACCAACAUAAUGAAGGUUGCCGGAAUUCUCACGGACCUUCACGGCAAAUUCCGACCUAUGUCGGCGUACUCCGAAAGUAGCAAUUCCUCGAUCGGAGACGUGGACAGUUUCUCUCACGGGGAAAGCGGGUACACCACGCUGUCCGACUCAACAAACCCGACCCCCACCAUGACUCCCUCUUCCACGCCGACGCCCGGACAGCACAAUCCCCCGAAAACAUUCCAGGGAGGGCCACCACGAUCGCCAAUGAAGCGGCACUACUGUACUUUCGACGGCUGUGACCGGGUCUAUGGAAAAUCGUCUCACCUCAAGGCGCAUAUCAGAACUCACACAGGCGAGCGGCCCUUCCCCUGCACCUGGCCGGACUGCGAGAAGAAGUUCGCCCGCUCGGACGAGCUGGCGCGCCACACGCGGACGCACACGGGCGAGAAGCGCUUCCCGUGCCCGCUCUGCGACAAGCGCUUCAUGCGCAGCGACCACCUGGUCAAGCACGCCCGCCGGCACCCCAAUUACCACCCCUCCAUGAUCGGCCGCUAGGGUCCCGGGGGUGGAGGAUCGGCCGCCCCCCGCCCCUCA